AUGCUCAAGGACUUUCUACUCAAGCCCAAGCAUCCAAUAUACGAAGAUACACUUCUCAUCCCAGCGUACUUCGCAGCUUUCUCUGCGUCACUCUUGCUAAUUCACACAUGCUAUCUGGUGGUGUCGCAACUACUGCGUUCGUCGCGCCCCGACGAUGAUGCUCAGAAUGAGAUCGGCGAACAGCAAAUAUCCUCCGGAUUUGCUGCAGAGGUCAAGGCCCAUGUAGCUUCGCACGGAGGCUUGAACAUCUUUGCGUAUAAGGUCGCCCGACUCGUAGGGUGCCUGUCGUUGCUCGGUCUUUCCAUUGCGACGUUAAUCAUGGACGAGCAUCGAAGGAGAAAGGAAGUCGAACAGCUCACAUAUAACGAAUGGCUUCAGUUUGCCAUGUGCAUGGCAUAUCUAUACGCAUCUCUGCUGGCUUUAUUGUGCUUAACUACGAAACCAUUCCAAAGAGUCAAGUCCGGUUUAACCCCCCUCAUUUCGUGGCUUCCUACCAACCUCAUCCUCUUACUCCUGGUCACUUUCGGGGUCUACACAUACCGUGAUUUAUAUCCCCUAUGCACCUACACACUCUCCCCAGUCGACUUGCCUGCGGGUUUUAUCAAAGAGAACGCGGUCCUCGUUAACCUACUGUGGGCCAAGAUCGCUGUUCUUUUCGUGACCGCCAUAGUGAUUCCGUUAAUCAUGCCCCGGACGUAUAUUCCUGUGGACCCGAAGAAUCCAAGCACGAAUCCUUCACCAGAGCAAACAUGCUCGCCGCUAUCCUUCAUUCUGUUCGGUUUCUUGGAUGAGGUUAUCUUCCUUGGAUACAAGAUGCCCCAUCUCCCCGUCGAGAAAUUACCCCCAUUAGCGGACUAUGACGCGUCUAGUUACCUUAGGAUCAGGAGCUUUAAGAAUAUCGAUCCCUUCUCCCCUCAAGCUGACAAGAAGCUCAGGAAGCGCCAUCUCUUCUGGAAGCUGAUGAAGACUCUUCGCAAGGAGUAUGCGUUGCUUUCAAGCUUGCUCCUUUUAUACGCCCUUGCUGGGUUUGCGGCUCCGAUCGGUGUGAACAGACUGCUUCACUACAUGGAAAAGAGGGGAGAGGACGCCUUCGUUCGACCAUGGACAUGGUUACUUUGGUUAUUCCUCGGUCCCAUGAUACAGUCUGUCUCUUGGCAGGCUUAUAUCUUCGUCGCGACGCGUAACCUUGUUCGAGUAGAGGCCAUGCUCACGCAACUACUUUUCGAACACGCUCUACGAAUCAGAGUCAAGGCCGAAACGAGCUCAAGCAGCUCCGAGGGGUCCGUGAAGGAUGCUUCAGUCGCCUCGUCAUCGAGCAACUCAGGCUCUUCUACACCUGCUGCGUCAACACCCGCCCUACCUGCACAAGAGUGGACGGAGCCCGGGCAUGAGGAACGUGACCCUAGCAAAACCGCUGCAAAGGCACCAGAAGCCGCCACUGAUUCGAGCGAAAGCGGCGAUGGGAAUCUAGUUGGAAAGCUCAACAAUUUGGUCUCCACCGAUCUGAGCAAUAUCACCGAUGCUCGAGACUUCAUCUUCCUCCUCAUCUACGUCCCCAUCCAGGUGGUUCUUGGUAUAACCUUCUUGUAUGUGAUUCUAGGGUGGAGUGCAUUCGUCGGUCUCGCUGUCAUGCUUCUUCUUUUCCCGGCCCCGGGAUAUGUUGCCCAAAUCAUGCAGAAAUAUCAGCAACAGAGAAUGAAACGCACUGAUGCGCGAGUUCAGAACGUUACUGAGACAAUGAACGUAAUCCGCAUGAUAAAACUCUUUGGCUGGGAGCGCAAAGUGAACGAGAAGAUCGCCGAGUUCCGUGAGGCGGAACUCACCUGGAUCUGGAAGAAGCAGAUCCUUGAACUGCUGAACAAUAGCAUCAACAAUGCUAUCCCGGUCGCCAUCAUGACGGUCAUAAUGAAAGAAAUCCUCACCGCUUCCGUCGUAUUCAGUUCCAUGGUAGUCUUCGACAUUUUGCGAGAACAGUUGCACAUGUCGAUCUGGACCUUGUCUACGGCUGUACAAGGCAAAGUCUCUCUGGACCGAAUCAAUGACUUCUUGCAGAAUACCGAGCUUCUUGACGAGUUCGCUGAAGAAUCCUCAGGUGAUGAUGGUACUUCGUCUACGAACAACGCGAUGGCGAUCGGCAAUUCGGAUGUUUCGUACCUCUCGCGACCCCCCGCAGAACGUUCUCAGGAUAUCGGUUUCAGUGACGCUAUGUUCGCUUGGUCUGUGGACGACAAGAGGAUCAAUGACGGAGCUGCGACUCCCUCGAGGCGUAAGUUUGUCCUAAGGGUUGACGGAGAGUUGAUCUUCAAGCGGAACGCGAUCAACAUCAUCAUUGGGCCAACUGGCUCUGGUAAAACCUCCAUGUUGAUGGCCUUGCUCAGCGAGAUGCACUUCAUGCCGUCUGGUCCGAGUUCGUGGUACAACCUUCCUAGAGAUGGAGGUGUGUCCUACGCUGCGCAAGAAUCCUGGGUCCAGAAUGAAACAAUUCGAGACAAUAUUCUGUUCGGCGCGCCAUUGGACGAAGAAAGAUACAAAAAGGUUCUAUAUCAAUGUUGCCUAGAGCGGGAUCUCCAACUCUUCGAUGCUGGCGAUCAAACUGAAGUAGGCGAGAAGGGUCUUACGCUGAGUGGUGGGCAGAAGGCUCGCAUCACUUUGGCCCGGGCUAUCUACUCGCACGCGGAGAUCAUCUUGUUGGACGAUGUCCUGGCAGCUCUGGACGUCCACACGUCUAAAUGGAUUGUUGAUAAAUGCUUCCGGGGUGACCUCAUCAACAAUCGCACCGUCAUCCUUGUCACACACAACGUGGCAUUGGCAACCCCCGUGGCUGGAUUUGUUGUCUCUCUUGGGUCUGAUGGACGAAUCGUCAGCAAAGGUGGUGUGGCCGAAGUACUGGCCGACAGCGACGCUCUCAAGCAAGAGGUCGCUGUAGAGCAAGCGGCUUUGGCAAAGGCUGAAGAAACUAUCGAUGACGCGCAAGUAGAUCCGGAAGAUGCAAAAAUCGCUGGAGGCAAGUUAAUCGCCGCCGAAGAGGUCGAGCUUGGACAUGUCGGGUGGCCUGCGAUCAAAAUGUACUUGGUUGGUCUGGGCGGUAACCAUCCAUUCAUUUUCUUUGUUACAGUUCUCGGCGGCUUGCUCAUGACGGAGGGCACGUUCUCGUUUUUGACGUGGUUCUUGGGUCACUGGGCGACCCAAUACGAAACGCACGACCCCUCUGAAGUCUCGACAAGCUACUAUCUUGGUGUAUAUGGCUGCAUCACCCUCGUCUCAAUGACCUUUUACACCUUAACAAUCCUUGCAUACAUUUAUGGUACCUUGAGGGCUUCGCGAACCAUCCACAAGCAACUUAUAGAAUCGGUCCUCGGAACUACGCUCAGGUGGCUCGAUAUAACUCCAACAUCCCGUAUCGUGACUAGAUGCACUCAAGACAUACGAGCUGUCGAUGAUCGUAUCUCCCAGAAUUUGGACUGGUUAACCGAGCUAACCGUUGGGAUGCUUAUCAAGUUUGGCGCCGUGCUCCUGUUCACUCCUAUUUUCAUUGGACCUGGCAUUCUCGUCGCCGUUCUAGGCGGUUGGCUGGGACAAGUGUAUAUUGCGUCUCAACUGUCGGUCAAGCGAGGGAUGUCCAAUGCCAAGGCCCCCGUAAUAGGACACUUCGGAGCAGCCAUGGCGGGCAUAACAUCCAUUCGUGCCUACGGGGUGCAAGAGGCCUUCAAGGCCGAAUCCCUAGUCCGUAUCGACAAGUACACCCGUGCGUCCAGGACGUUCUAUAAUCUCAAUCGUUGGAUAUGUAUCCGCAUCGACGCUUUCGGCAAUUUGUUCGCUGUGGCCCUGGCUGCCUACCUACUUUACGGCGUUCGUCAAGGGGCAAGCAAUACGGGCUUCUCGCUCAAUAUGGCUGUGGGAUUCAGUAGCAUGAUCUUGUACUGGGUACGCGUGUACAACGAGUUCGAAGUCCAAGGCACUUUGGAGCGGAUCCAAGGGUACACCAACAUCGACCAGGAACCCAAGCCAACGCAGAACGGCACACCUCCAGCGUAUUGGCCUGCUAGUGGAGAUCUACGGGUUGAAAAACUAUCGGCGAAGUACUCGGCAGAUGGUCCCGAAGUCCUGCACGAUGUAUCUUUCCACAUCAAGUCAGGAGAGAGAGUCGGGGUAGUCGGAAGAACGGGCUCCGGAAAGAGCUCCUUGACAUUGUCUCUUCUCCGUUGUAUACCCACCAAUGGGGAGGUGUACUUAGAUGGAAUGCCAACGGGUUCCAUAAACCUUGAUGCUUUGCGUACCAACAUAACAAUCAUCCCUCAAGUUCCCGAACUUUUGAGCGGCACCCUGCGACAGAAUCUCGAUCCCUUCUCGCAAUUUGAUGAUGCAACAUUGAACAGCGCCCUCCGCGCCGCUGGACUCUUCUCUCUCCAGACUGAUGAUGACGAAGGUCGCAUCACAUUGGACAGCCCGAUCGCCAGUGGAGGCAGUAAUUUGUCUGUUGGUCAACGCCAGAUAUUGGCACUCGCUCGGGCUAUCGUCCGUGGUAGUAAGCUUCUUAUCCUUGAUGAAGCUACAUCCGCCAUCGACUAUAAGACCGACUCAGUUAUCCAAUCAUCCCUUCGCCACGAGCUUGGCAACAUCACAUUAAUCACCAUUGCUCAUCGUCUCCAGACUAUCAUGGAUGCCGACAAAAUUAUGGUCCUCGACGCUGGAAGGGUUGUUGAAUUUGAUUCACCUCAAGAGCUUUUGAAAAAUCCGAGUGGCAAGUUCACCAUGGAUAACAUCCCAGCGUCAAGGCCCUCUUCUGAUUCGCAUGCCCCAUUAACAAAUAAUCAAGGACCAAUACCGCUCUUCGAUCUGCACUUGAAAUUUCUUGCAGAUUCAUAUGUCGCUUUCUUCCUAGAACGCAAACGUAUCGAAGAAGCUUACGUCGACUCUCUUAUGAGACUGCAUAGGAAGGCGAAAUCACUUGAUGCGUUCCUCGAUGAUCGGUCCCCCAACUCUCCUGUGUCCCCACAGUCUCAUUCAGUAUAUCACGACCAGUUGACCACGGCGCGUUCAGCAUGGUCGGAGGCUCGAGAUAGUGUCGAGCGCGAAGCGCAAACUCGACAUGCCUUUCUGAAUACCUUGAACAUAGACUGUCUCAAUCCACUUGUCUCUCUGAGGGAAUCUCAAGAGCGAACACGAAAGCGGAUUAAAGAAGAUCUCAAGGACUCGUCGAUCAAGUACCAAGAAUACGCGGAGAAUGUUUUACCGAAGCUCAGAGGACGAUACGUGAAGCGAUUCGCAGAAGUUGAAGAAAUUCGAGGGGACGGUCGGAAACCUGGGAAUCUGAACGGGCAAGGUUUGUCGAAUCCCUAUGCAAAUCUGAGCCAAUCCUUCGCAGCCAACGGCGGUCGUCCGACAGUCACCUCACCCCAGCCCCUCCGUGCUCUAGAUAGACGCCCCUCGGGUUCCACACGACCAAGCGCGGGCGGGCCUCGCAAUAGAUCUCCAAGUACGUCUACUCCCUUUGCAGAUCUCGCCCAACAAGGCAAAAAACAGCUUGGGCACUUCAUCACAUUUCUCGAUCGCGAUAAAUCGAUGAAAGGCUCCAACAAAGGCGAAGAAUUAGUCAAAGCGAAGCGCGAAGCCGAAGAGGCUGAUAGAGAAUAUCGCAAGGGCGUCCAUUGGCUCGAAACGCUGAGGCUACGAAAGCAAAAGACGAUGGAAGCAGGAUACCAGAGCCUGAUCACUUUUGUGGAAGAAGAAGCGCAGAUCGUGAAGAACGUACUUGGCCGCUACGCGGACAAUGUCAUCGCCACAACUACCACUCAGACUCAGUUGUACACCCAUUUGCGAAUGGUUGUCGACAAGGUGUCCCCAGAGACAGAUGUCAAACGAAUAGCUACAAGGAUUCCUCCCAUCGAAGACAUCGUGCCCGAACCGAUUCUCUACGAGCAUGGUCAAGUCGGUGAAUGCAAGGACCUUCUGUUUGGCUUCAGCCUUUCGGAUUACGCGACGGCUAAGGGCUUACGUGAUGGCGAAGUGCCCAAGAUUGUUCGGAUGUGUAUUGAAGAGGUGGAUCAACGUGGAUUGGAAAUGGAGGGUAUAUACCGCGUUAGCGGGCGAGUAGCAGUGAUAAAGGACCUUCAACAUACCAUCGAGAAGGAUGAAGCUUCCUUUGACUUCGCCAAGAGGAAUCCGCGUGACGAUAUCUACGCGGUUGCUUCGCUACUCAAACUCUACCUGAGAGAGCUGCCUGAACCUCUUUUCAAAUUCCCUCUGCAAGACCGCAUUCAACAUACUGAGUCCCUUGCCGCGCAUAAAUCAAACAACUUCCCCCUUCUGAGAUCAAAACUGAGGCGACUUCCUCCUGUGCACCAGGCUACACUGAAGGCCCUCUUGGAACAUCUCGCUCGGGUUGCGGCGAGGCAAGAGAAGAAUAAGAUGGGCCCAAAGAAUCUCGCCAUCGUAUUCGGUGCAGUGGUCUUUGGUGAGGACGAGAACAUGGGGGUUGGAGAUGGGUCCAAGGACGACGGACCUGGGGGAGGACCUACCGUACCGAUGGACAGCAAAGCCAUGGGACAAAUGCUGCUAGACAUGUCUUCCUGGAAGGAUACACUCAUGGAAGACAUGAUCACCCAUGCGCAUAUAUUAUGCUCAGAUGAACACAGUCAACCGCGCACACCGAGGAUGGAGCCAGCGAAUCUCAUGCCGCCUCUCCCAGCUGCGGUUACCCAAGAUCCAUAUGAUUCAUUACCAAAUCCCUACCCUUCUACUUCUACUCCAUCUUCACAACCCUCGCCGAAUACAGUGAACGAUGCACCCCUCCCUCCUACCCCCCUUGGUGAUCCAGAACCUAUCGCGUACGGGUCAAAGACAACGAGAGUCCUUUCACAACUGGCCCCUUCGACUCCACAGAAAUCUCACCGAAAGACAGCGAGUACAAGCACAGCGCGUGUUGAAGAACCUCUCUCGACACCUCAGAAAGCCAAUACGAAUACAUCGGGUUCGGAGGAUUUUACACCAAAGGUACCUAAUAGACCCGCUGGUAGCAUACAUCCUUCCGCUCGCAGUGGGCGCGGAGAGAACGGUGGUAGUAAUGCCGAUGUGCCGCCUGCCUUGCCUGCUAGGCCGCCUCGUACACACUCAAGGAAUCCUUCAACGCAGUCACAGUCGCAGGUCACGCCAACACCUUCAUUAUUGACGACGGCACCGCCUGCAGGUAUUUCGGCUCCCUUGGGCAUUGACUCCGCCGUAUCCACAUCUUCCACCGCUACCCAAGGUUCUAUUGCGUUCCCCAGGACAGUUGACGCCCCUCCAUCCCCUACUCCGCACCGAGUAUCUAUUCAGCGUCGAAGUUUGCAGGAUACCGCCCCCGCCAUCGAGCAUGUUGGUGAUACCAACAGGACUCCUCCCGAAACACACCCAAUGGGGGCACGGCCUCCUUCGGCGGUGACGCCUAGGACAGAUUACAACCCCGAACUGCCACCAGAGCGGUCUCCCUCAGCGGAUUCGGACGGCUCGUGGAUAUCGGCUGUUGACAACACUGGUGACAUGGAUGAUGUGUAUGAAAGUUGGCCUUCACAGCACCAUUGA